UGCUGCUAGGGGCAAAUUGGCGCCAUUUUGAAGCCGAAAAGGAGGACCAUAGUAGAACAGACUAUUGGUUACACCUCAUCAAAUAAGUUAAUGAAGCACUGAAUGGAGAGCAUGGCGCACUCCAAGAAUCGAGCCACAGAUGGCAAGAUCACCUACCCGCCGGGGGUCAAGGAGAUCUCCGACAAGAUCUCCAAGGAGGAGAUGGUUCGGAGGCUCAAGAUGGUGGUGAAGACGUUCAUGGACAUGGACCAGGACUCUGAGGAGGAGAAAGAGCUGUACCUGAACCUGGCCCUGCACCUGGCCUCCGACUUCUUCCUCAAACACCCGGACAAGGACGUCCGGCUACUCGUCGCCUGUUGUCUGGCCGACAUAUUUCGCAUAUAUGCCCCAGAGGCACCGUACACAUCCCCCGAUAAACUGAAGGACAUCUUCAUGUUCAUCACGAGGCAGCUGAAAGGUCUUGAAGACACCAAAAGUGCACAGUUCAAUCGAUAUUUCUACCUUUUGGAGAAUAUUGCAUGGGUGAAAUCCUACAACAUCUGUUUUGAGUUGGAAGACAGCAAUGAAAUCUUCACACAGCUUUACAGGACACUCUUCCAGGUCAUCAACAAUGGCCACAACCAGAAGGUGCACAUGCACAUGGUGGAUCUGAUGAGCUCCAUCAUCUGUGAGGGCGACUCUGUAUCGCAGGAGCUGCUGGACACGGUGCUGGUUAACCUGGUGCCUGCACACAAGAAUCUAAACAAGCAAGCCUAUGACCUAGCAAAAGCGUUGCUAAAGAGGACGGCUCAAGCGAUAGAACCCUACAUCACUAAUUUUUUUAAUCAAGUGUUGAUGCUGGGGAAGACGUCAGUGAGUGACUUGUCAGAGCACGUGUUUGAUCUGAUCCUGGAGCUGUACAACAUCGACAGUCACCUCCUGCUCUCUGUCCUGCCUCAGCUGGAGUUCAAACUAAAGAGCAAUGAUAAUGAUGAACGUCUUCAAGUUGUUAAGCUUUUGGCGAAAAUGUUUGGGGCAAAGGACUCUGAGCUGGCGACACAAAAUAAACCGCUUUGGCAGUGCUAUCUUGGAAGGUUUAAUGACAUCCAUGUUCCCAUUCGAUUAGAGUGUGUGAAGUUUGCCAGUCACUGUCUCAUGAACCACCCUGACCUUGCAAAAGACCUCACAGAGUACCUGAAAGUGCGGUCCCAUGACCCGGAGGAGGCCAUCCGGCAUGAUGUCAUCGUAUCCAUAGUAACGGCUGCCAAGAAGGACUUGGCCUUGGUUAAUGAUGCUCUCCUGAACUUUGUCAGGGAGAGAACUCUCGAUAAAAGGUGGAGGGUCCGUAAGGAGGCCAUGAUGGGCUUGGCCCAGAUCUACAAGAAGUAUUCGCUGCAGGGAGAGGGGGGCAAGGAGGCGUCCAAGCAGAUCUCCUGGAUCAAGGACAAGCUGCUGCACAUCUACUACCAGAACAGCAUUGACGACCGGUUGCUGGUGGAGCGCAUCUUUGCACAGUACAUGGUUCCGCACAACCUGGAGACCACAGAGAGGAUGAAGUGUCUCUACUACUUAUAUGCCACGUUAGACCAGAAUGCAGUAAAAGCACUGAAUGAGAUGUGGAAAUGUCAGAACAUGCUGAGGCACCAUGUGAAGGAUCUCCUGGACCUCGUCAAGCAGCCAAAGUCGGACUCCUACAACAAGGCGGUGUUCUCCAAGGUUAUGGUCAUAACAAGAAAUCUUCCGGAUCCGGGAAAAGCGCAGGAUUUUGUGAAGAAGUUGGCCCAGGUCCUGGAGGAGGACGAGAAGAUCCGGAAACAGCUGGAGACCCUCGUCAGUCCGGCGUGCUCCUGCAAGCAGGCAGAGGGCUGCGUGAGAGACAUCACUAAGAAGCUAGGAAGCCCAAAACAGCCAAGCAACCCAUUCCUUGAAAUGGUGAAGUUCCUUUUGGAGAGGAUCGCCCCUGUUCAUAUUGAUACAGAAUCUAUCAGCGCCCUCAUCAAGCAGGUGAACAAGUCCAUAGAGGGGACAGCGGAUGACGAUGAGGAGGGGGUGCCCACGGAGCAGGCCAUACGCGCAGGCCUCGAGCUGCUCAAGGUGUUGUCCUUCACCCACCCGGUGUCCUUCCACUCGGCCGAGACCUUCGAGUCGCUGCUGGGCUGCCUGAAGAUGGAUGACGAGAAGGUGGCGGAGGCGGCACUCCAGAUCUUCAAGAACACGGGCGGCAAGCUGGAGGAGAGCUUCCCUCACAUCAAAUCAGUCCUGCUACCGGUACUGCAGCAGAAAGCCAAGAAAGGCCCUCCUCGUCAAGCUAAAUAUGCCAUCCAUUGUAUCCACGCCAUGUUCACCAACAGGGACACACACUUCGCUCAGAUUUUUGAGCCUCUACAUAAAAGUGUGGACUCGGACAACUUUGAGCAGCUCAUCACUCCUCUCACUACGCUGGGUCACCUGGCCAUGCUCGCUCCCGAGCAGUUUGCGGGACCACUAAAGUCCCUGGUCGCCAAUUUCAUUGUGAAGGAUUUGCUGAUGAAUGACAGGAUUCCUGGCAAGAAGACGACCAAACUCUGGGUGCCGGACGAUGAGGUUUCACCCGAGACACUGGGAAAGAUUCAGGGCAUCAAGCUGAUGGUGCGCUGGCUCCUGGGCGUCAAGAACAACCAGAGCAAGUCUGGUACCUCCACCCUCAGGAUGCUGACCGCCAUCCUCAGCAGCGACGGAGACCUCACCGAACAGGGCAAGAUCGGGAAGCCUGACAUGUCCCGUAUGCGUCUGGCUGCCGGCUGUGCCCUGCUGCGGUUGGCUCAGGAGCCCUGCUACCACGAGAUCAUCACCCUGGAGCAGUACCAGCAGUGUGCACUGGUCAUCAACGAUGAAUGCUACCAGGUACGGCAAGCGUUUGCCCAGAAGCUCCACAAGGGUUUGUGCCGGCUGCGGCUGCCUCUGGAGUACCUGGCGGUGUUCGCCCUGUGUGCCAAAGACCCGGUGAAGGAGAGGCGGGCCCAUGCGCGGCAGUGCCUCGUCAAAAACAUCAACCUGCGCCGGGAAUACCUGAAGCAGCACGCAGCUGUCAGUGAGAAGUUGGUCUCUCUCCUGCCGGAGUACGUGGUCCCCUAUGCCAUCCACCUGCUGGUCCAUGACCCAGACUAUGUCAAGGUCCAGGACAUUGAGCAGCUCAAGGAUAUUAAAGAGUCUCUCUGGUUUGUCUUGGAGAUUCUCAUGGCGAAAAAUGAAAAUAACAGCCACGCGUUCAUCAGGAAAAUGGUGGAGAACAUCAAGCAGACGAAAGAUGGCCAAGCCCCAGACGAUGCCAAAAUGAACGAGAAACUCUAUACGGUGUGUGACGUCGCCAUGAAUAUUGUAAUCUCUAAGAGCACCACGUACAGCCUGGAGUCGCCCAAAGACCCGGUCCUCCCAACACGCUACUUCACGCAGCCCGACAAGAACUUCAGUAACACAAAGAAUUAUCUCCCGGCUGAAAUGAAGAAUUUCUUCACCCCUGGAAAGCCUAAAGCAGCCAAUGUCUUGGGAGCUGUGAACAAACCUCUGUCGGCCACGGGGAAGCUUCAGACCAAACUCUCACGGAUGGAGACGAACAGCAACGCCAGCAGCAACUCGAACCCCAGCUCCCCUGGACGUGGGAAAGGAAGACUUGACUCAGAAAUGGAUCACAGUGAAAACGAGGACAUUACCCUGAAGAGUCUGACAACGGAGAGCGAGAAGCCUCGAGGGCGGAAGCGAGGGCUCAACACCACCCCAGACGACAAGUCUCCGGACUCUCAGAAGCCCAAGCGUGGCCGCAAGAAGGCCGCCACCACCCCCACAACCACGGCGAUCAGCGACGAGGCCGAGGAGUCCUGGACCACGGGCGGGGACAGCAGCUUGGCCGACACCACCCUGGACGAGCCCACAGAGGACGAGCAGAACAGCCCGCCCAAGCGCGGACGCCGAGGACGGCCCCCCAAAGCUGCCGCCGCCACGCCCAAAGACGAGUCUCCCGCCAAGGGCCGACGGGGUCGCAAAAAAGCAGCACUGCCCGCCGAAGAGCUAGAGGAGGAGGAGGAGGAGGAACAGGAGCAGGAGGAAGAAGAAGAGGAGGAAGAGGAAGAGGAGGACGCUGGCAGUGAGAACAUGGAGGUGAAGCCAAGAGGAGGAGGAGGAAGAGGAAGGGGAAGGGGAAGGGGAAGAGGUGGACGCCGUGCAGGAACAAGAGCUGAAGCGUCAGACACGGCAGAAGAAUCGGUAGAACCCACUCCACCCAAGAGAAGAGGGAGGCCGCCCAAAAACCCACAAGCUGCCAAGAAACCAGCCGGAGGCCGCACCAGAGGAGCGUCGAGCCAAGAGAACGAAUCAGACGAGGAGAUGGAGACGUCUCAGGAGAACAUGGAGGAGGAGACCGACGAGCAGGAAGAGUCCAGCCAACACAGUUCCCCUAGAGGCAGACGAAAAAACCCGCAGAGAGCGCGGAGAUGAGGGACGCCGGAGAAGCUGCAGCGAUGACGUGUGGAUCUGAGAGGGAGAGCGGAGCGGAGAGGAGAGAGACAAACGUAUUCUCGCAUGGAGGGAUGGAUGGAUAAUAACUUGCGUGUUUUCCGUGAGCUUUGGACUUUGUUGGAGCCAUGCAUUUUGUUCAACCUAUAUUUCGCAGUCUUAAAAAAGGAAAGAAAAAAAAAGUCAUGCUUUUUUGCCACAUUUGGAAAAGAUGCAUCCCGCAUACUCAUCGUCCCAGCAGUGACUUUUGGUUUAUUUUUUAUUUUAUAAAAAAACAAAAAAAAACAAAUACCAUGUAUGCCAACCACAUUGUUGAAUUUUACCAGUUAAAAGAUAUGUAAAUAGUCAUUUCUUUUCGUCUCUUUCUACUUAAAGGUAAGAGGGGCAAAUGUAUAGCUUCUCCCACUUUUAAACUUAUUGCACCCCACCCCCCCACUACCAGAGCAAAUGGACUUUUAGCAGUACCGUAUCUGUUCAGUGUGUUUAUGUGUCAUUGGGUGCGUUCCAAUAUGCGACCUUGCAUCCUCCACUUGUGCUUGUGGCCUCGAACCAGGAAGUAAUAAGUCGUGAUGACAUUAGUGACAACAGCAUUAUAUGUCAAUGUCUCGCAAAAGCUCAAUUGUAAAGACAUUUUCUCAUUUGCAAACUGGAUGGUGAAUAGUCCCCCAAAAAUUGUUGUGGCUAGGCUGACGGCGGGGAAUCUUAAUUGUUUUCUCCACGGAGGCAGGGCAUCAGCAAAAAAUGAGGCCACACGCGCAAGUGAAGGACGCAAGGUUGCAUAUUGGAAUGUACCCAUUCUGUACUGUGAAGCCAUCUUGUUGCGUUACAUCAAUUCCCCCCCUCCUCCUUUUUAAUCUUUCAUUUGUGUACUCUUGUGUGCAUAUUAUGCAUGUGCAAGUGUGCCUCUACCUUUAAAAGAAAAGGAAAAAAAAGAUAAAAUCAAGUAACAGCACAGCGUUGAUUUUAUCAGUGUUUUGAUUUGGUUUGAAGGUAUCGUAAAUGGAAACAGUUGUUUUAAUAUUGGCUGUGAUUAAAUAAAAAUGCUGAUAAUUGAUCAUUUUUUUCCAGUCUCUUGAAAUAAUACAAAAUGAACAAAAAUAAAUUGGUUGGUGAGUUCA